AAAAAAAGUGCAUUGGCAUUAGCAUUAUAUAGAAGGUUGAAGGCAUUGAAAGGGUUUUAACUAGGGUUCAAGCGCUUCCAUCACCGUUUCUUCAGGUUCGUAACCACCCAUGUGGGCUCUUCGUCGAGCUUCAAUCUCUCUCAGGACCCGAGGGUUUAAUGCGAGAGCAUCUUGUGUCAAAUUCGCUCAAACUAGUUGUGUGGAACAAGAGAGUUGCAUCUCUGAGACUCAUGGAAUGGCGUGUGAUCCGUUUUCGUCGCCGAAAUCGCGUUACCAUUCAGGACAUAAUGCUUCCCUGAAUCUUACUAUGGGGAGACGGGAGCUUUCUUCGAGUAGCACGAAAGAGGAGGAUGAUUUGGAGGACGGGUUUUCUGAGCUGGAGACCCCUGCCGUUGAUGGAAAUGAAAGUGACAGUUUAGUAACUUCUGAUGCCGACUCAGCGGAUGAUGAUGGUGACAAGGAGGACGUUGAGGAGGCACACAAUGAGAUUGAUGAGCAGGCCAAGAAAGAAGAAAAACCACAUCGUGGGAGGAUUGAAUCGGAAUUAUUCAAGGAGAUCUUGAAUGCUUCCGGUAUGUCUAUUCAUAUUGCUCUGGAUAAGUGGUUGGAAGAAGGGAAGGAACUAACCAGAGAGGAGGUCUCACUGGCCAUGGUUAAUCUUCGGAGGCGGAAGAUGUUUGGGAGAGCUUUGCAGCUCUCAGAGUGGCUCGAGUCAAAAAAGCAGUUUGAAUUUAUUGAAAGAGAUUAUGCUAGUCGACUCGAUUUGAUUGCCAAAGCCCGUGGCUUACAGAAGGCAGAGGCUUACAUUGAGACUGUUCCUGAAUCUUGUAAAAGUGAGAUAAUCUACCGGACUUUAUUGGCUAACUGUGUCAGUCAGAACAAUGUGAAGAAAGCAGAGGAAGUUUUCCAUAAAAUGAAGGAUUUGGGUUUUCCUGUUACAGUAUUUGCUUGCAAUCAGUUGCUGCUUCUGUAUAAGAGGAAUUACAAGUCGAAAAUAGCUGAUGUGUUGUUGUUGAUGGAAAAUGAGAAUAUCAAACCUUCUUGUCUUACUUAUGAAAUCUUAAUAGACUCAAAAGGCCAGUCCAAAGAUAUUGACGGAAUGGAUCAAAUUGUUGAUAGAAUGAAGGCUCAAGGCAUUGAACCAAGCAUCAGUACCCAGGCUGUUUUGGUUAGGCAUUACAUCUUAGCUGGUCUUCAAGAUAAAGCUGAAACUUUAUUGAAGGAGAUGGAAGGUGAAAACUUGAAACAGAAUCGAUGGCUAUGCCAAAUUUUGCUUCCCCUUUAUGCAACCCUGGGAAAGGUGGAUGAAGUGGGAAGAAUUUGGAAUGUCUGUGAGACAAAACCUCGUUAUAAUGAGUGUCUGGCUGCAAUUGAAGCUUGGGGAAAGUUGAAUAAAAUUGAUGAAGCGGAGGAAGUUUUUGAGAUGAUGGUGAAGAAAUGGAAGCUUUCUUCCAAGAUUUGCUCCAUACUGCUGAAGGUUUAUGCAAAUCAUAAGAUGCUAAUGAAGGGUAAGGAUAUUAUUAAGCGAAUGGGAGAUAGUGGGUGCCCAAUAGGCCCAUUGACUUGGGAUGCAUUAGUGAAACUUUAUGUCCAAGCUGGGGAAGUAGAGAAGGCAGACUCUGUUCUUCAUAAGGCAGCCUAUCAGAGCCAGUUGAAGCCAGUAUUUUCUACCUACCUAACUAUUUUGGAGCAGUAUGCUAAGAGGGGUGACAUCCAUAAUGCGGAAAAGAUUUUCUUUAGAAUGAAACAAGCUGAUUAUCCAUUAAAACCAAAGAUGUACCAAAUUCUAAUGAGUGCCUAUAUAAAUGCAAAGCUUCCGGCCUAUGGGAUUCGGGACAGGUUUAAAGCGGAUAACAUAAUACCCAAUAGAAUUUUGGCAAACAUGUUGGCUCAAGUUGAUGGAUUUAGGAAGAAUCCAGUUUCAGAUUUGCUUGAUUGAGAACCUUGUGUAAAGGUUGUUUCUACUCAUACGCAUCCAACUAUUGUUAGUCAAGGAGUAGGUUAAGUAUUUUUUAUCGUAUGCUUGAAAAAACUCGUCGUUAACGAGUAUGAAUGUUAUGUUAUUGCAAAAUUAUGUUAUUUUUCCUAUAUCUCGUCUUUUAGUUGAAACGCCAACUUAUGAAGAAGAUGCUUGAUGAUAGCAGUUGUGCUCUGUAAUUGAAGAGUUUUGGAAAUUAAA